AUGUACCAAAUCCAUGGCCGCCAAGCGCGGAGCCCCGCUGAGAGCAACGACGCCGACGCCGGCGGGGGCGGCGUCGGUGCGCUGCCGGUCGCCGUCUCCGCGCUCGCCGUCCCCGACGACCCGCUCGACGGCAUCAUGCAGUGCCUCGGCGCGGAGAAGGGGUUCGCCGUCGGCUCCGACGAUUGCUGGGCCACCGGCGCGUGGUUCGACGAUUACCGCGGGGGGAGCAUGGACAUGUCGACUCAAGCCGGGGUAGAUUACUUCGAAAUGCUUCUGGACUUCCCGGACGCAACGGCAACGCCCGUCCUCUCUGCGGAGGGCGCCACGGAGAAGACGCCGACGCGAGCCGGAGCCGCCACCGUGGAGGAUUGGCCAGCCAUGACGACGAAUCUCUCGCCGUCGUUGGCAUCCAGUGACGAGGACAACGCUUCCUGGAUGUCGUCGAGCGAAUCCUCGUCGGAGGACGACGACGCCGACGCCCACUGGCUCCCGGGUGAGUCCAAGAAGAGCGGCGGUACAAAACGCCGUCUGCAGCAGCAUCAGAAAAGCGCCUCCGGUGGACAGAGUAAGCCGGAAACGCAGACCGUCGUGCGGCCGCCGCCGCUCAGUGUUGUGGCCGUCGUGGAGAGCGGAGGCGGUGGCGACAACAAUUACUGGUGCCACCACUGCAGCGCGACGAAGAGCCCACUGUGGCGUGCCGGCCCGGAUGGUCCCAAGACGCUGUGCAACGCGUGCGGGCUGCGGAAGAACAAGCGGGGAGCGCCGACCACAACGAAGCGCCUGCGGGUGGCGAAGCCAAUCAUCGGCAGCGCCAAGAGCAAUAGCUACUCCGUCAUGCCGUUGGCGGAGGAUGCGACGGUGGUGAGGAAGAAGCGCAGCGUCGCAAUUCGCAUCGGCUGA